AUGUCCCCUCAAAAUGUUAAACAAAAAAUGCUCCAACAGCAGCAACAACAACAGCUAAAACAGCAACAGCAACAACAGCAACAGCAACAGCAUCAACAACAACAGCAGCAACAGCAUCAACAACAACAGCAACAGCAGCAGCAACAGCAGCUACAACAAUUGCAAAAACAUAAGCAACAACAACAACACAAUUCACAACAAAAAAAGAAAAUCGGAUAUUCCUAUGGUGGGGGAUUCAAAAGGGUUCAACAACAACAGCGUCAAAGACCUUUCCAAGCUGCUCAACCCGUUCAAAUUUAUAAUAAUCAAGUUCCAAUCGUUCCUCAAAGAACCGGGUUCAAUUUGGUUCAGCAACCACCGAUUCAUUGGAUUCCAGUUCAAAUACCUGCUCAUCAUAAUCAUCAAAUGCAUUAUAAUGUUAAUAAUUAUAGUAUGGUCCAAACUCAGGAACAACAACUAUACUUACAACAACACGUUUUCUUGCCUCCUAAUCCGCGUGGUCCCCACGCCCAACCACUUCACUUGGCUAAGUUGGUUAGAAGGCCUCAAUUGGUUAGAAUGUAA